CCCGCCCCUUCUGUCACACUUGUGGAGGGUCGAAUGGAGACCGGAGGGAACGUCAUCCUCCACCUCUGUCGCCCGCUUGUGCCCGAGUCGGGUGGGGUGGGAGGAGAAAUCAGGUCCAUGUUGGAAUCCCUCCCUCCUGCAGUUUCUGGCCGGGUAGCCAGGAAAACGGAGCUACUAAUACCCCCGUUGCAAGGUCAAUGGGGGGAUUAAAUGUCAGAAUAUAAACCCUCAGCGUAGGAGAAUUUCUCCUCCAACCCCACUCAUCCAAGCCUUUCCCGUUCUUCCAGUGGCUGUCCAGAUGAGUUUCCCAACUCCCCGGGAAGGAGGACCCUCGCCUGCAGAACCUCUCCCCAGGACUAGAGGGUCUUUGUGGAAUCCCCAGCCGCCACCUCCCCGAGUCAGCUUUUCUGAAAGCAGUUCUCUCACCGGAUUCGCAGCAGAAUUACCAGGUGGAACACAGGGAUUCCAGUGCACCCAGCCCUGCUGAAUCAGAACGUCUGGGGAUGAUCUAUCUGGUGGCCAAAGCAGCCGUCGGACUGGUGCUGCCCGCCAAGCUUCGGGACCUGUCGCGGGAGAACGUCCUCAUCACCGGCGGCGGGAGAGGCAUCGGACGCCAGCUCGCUCGCGAGUUCGCAGAACGCGGCGCCAGAAAGAUCGUUCUCUGGGGCCGGACUGAGAAAUGCCUGAAAGAGACGACAGAGGAGAUUCGGCAGAUGGGCACCGAGUGCCACUACUUCAUCUGUGAUGUAGGCAACCGGGAGGAGGUAUACCAGACGGCCAAAGCUGUCCGGGAGAAGGUGGGCGACAUCACCAUCCUGGUGAACAAUGCUGCCGUGGUCCACGGGAAGAGCCUGAUGGACAGUGACGAUGACGCCCUUCUCAAGUCCCAGCACAUCAACACCCUGGGCCAGUUCUGGACCACCAAGGCCUUCCUGCCGCGCAUGCUGGAGCUGCAGAACGGCCACAUCGUGUGUCUCAACUCCGUGCUGGCGCUGUCUGCCAUCCCUGGUGCCAUCGACUACUGCACGUCCAAAGCCUCGGCCUUCGCCUUCAUGGAGAGCCUGACCCUGGGGCUGCUGGACUGUCCAGGAGUCAGUGCCACCACCGUGCUGCCCUUCCACACCAGCACCGAGAUGUUCCAGGGUAUGAGGGUCAGGUUCCCCAACCUCUUCCCCCCCCUGAAGCCGGAGACUGUGGCCCGGAGGACGGUGGAAGCCGUGCAGCUGAAUCAGGCCCUCCUCCUUCUCCCGUGGACGAUGCAUGCCCUCAUUAUCUUGAAAAGCAUACUACCACAGGCUGCACUGGAGGAGAUCCACAAAUUCUCAGGAACCUAUACCUGCAUGAACACUUUCAAAGGGAGGACAUAAAGGCAGGAUGCAGAGACAUGCUUGAAAGCCACGGAACCUGAGGGGGCCAUGGCACGUGGGCACACCCCCAUGCGCCUGUCCCUUGGCACACUUCUGCUGGGUGAGUGGGACUGUUCCUGUCCCCAGGAAGAAUCCGGGUGAACCCCCAGGCCAGCCCCAGGACCUUUGCACAGGACUGAUGGGCGUAACUCUGACCCCCAUGGGGAGGCAAGAAACCAGCCAGCAGCCUUGACACUUUCAUACAUUUCUAAUUCUGUAGAGUUUAUUGUUAAAUUGCUUCUCGAGUCUAACCAGCCUUAGCAGUGUGUAUAGACUGUUUCCAGGAGGGUCUAUACCCAGAUGCUCUUUUCUUUGCAAAAUCCACCCAUCCUCAGCUUGUGCAAACUGGUUGUAUGGCAGGAAUGAUAAAUAAAGAGAUGGUUUUUGCGA